CAAAACGUCAAUAACGAACAGACUGUGCAUCCGUAUAAAGCAGGAGAAUGAAGUUCUCUUCUCAUCUGCUAAAAUGAAGGUGAUAUAUCUAGUUCUAUGUCUCUUUCUCUUACUACAAGAUAGUGGAGCGUGGUUAUGGGGAUCCAGCAAAAUGACAUUUUCUGUAUGUAACGGCCAAAAUAUGAAUUUACGAUGUAUGUCCGGCCAAGUCAUCAAAAUACGCCAUGCCACCUACGGAUGUACAUGGAGUGGCUUUUGUUGUAAAAAUAAAACAGCAAAGAAGAUCGCCGAGCAACACUGCAACAAAAAGGCAUACUGUAGACUGAGAGCAAGCGACAGAAUCUUUGGCAGUCAUUGCCGCGGAUCAUCUAACUGCCUAACUGUAACUUUUUCUUGUAACAACAAAUGAUGAUUUGACAAACGUAAUUUGAAGAAAGUGGAGAACUAAUACAUGGCAAGAAGUUAAAUGGACUCUCAUCACUUCAAUAAAAUUAUUAAGAUA